AUUAGUUGCUUGACCAUUUUAAACUUAAAAAGGAUGAAUGGUGAAAGUACUGUUCAGAAGAUAUGCAAUUGCUUAGAUGCUUUAUUAUGUGAGGCGAAUUCAGAAAUUGAAACAAACAUAAAAGUAUGCAGUGACAGAGAUGCAAUUUAUCUUGAAUUAAGAAGAAAAGUUCACGUAACUUUAGAAAGAAUAGAAAUAUACCCAGAGAUAAAGGCAAUUGUGAUAAAAUUUGUGCAAACAUGCUAUGGAAAGAAAUGCUGCUGCGACCAUCUCACGUUCUUGCAGAUGUGUUUGGUACUGUUGAGACUUUUGCAAAAAGCCCUUUCGCAGGAAGAAGCUGAUUCCUGUUCAUCCAAGAGCCAUGGAGGAUGUAAAAUGUUCAUGCCCAGAGGGCUGCUCAGCAUUUCCCAACAACAAGUUUUAAAGAAAUGUUUCCAGUUCAUUGUUGGACUUGGGAUUUUGCCCAACCUCCUACGAGGCAUUGGCAUUCCUUUGAGUCGCAGACUUCAGCAUGCAAAUAUCUUUGAAAAUUUCAUUGUUGAUUCAACAUAUUACCAAAAACAUGUGCAGCUGGUUAUAUGCUUGGAGACUUUGCUCGAUUGUUUAGAAUGCGAUGCCAUGCAGAGCAUUUUGUUUAGGUAUCACGGAACUGAUUUGUUUGCUACAUUGCUACAGUUAUGCCAUGCACCUAUAAAGAAGAUAGAGAAAGAUCAGAUGACUGCUGUAAAAUCUCCACCAUCUGAUAAAAUUGAGUUCAGAUCAAUGCUUGCUGCCAUUAGAGAUAAUUCAAAUCACACAGAGUGUGAAGUUAUAACACUGAUGCUCCUGCACAGAGUUCAUUUUACUCAUCGCUUGGAGAAAUUUCUCAAUCUAAUCAGCCCAUCUUUGUUGAUAUGGGAAUUGAUCCUUUUUCAAGGAAUUCCCAUGAGAAGUGAUAUUUCAGAAAUAGCAAUGACUAGAUGCCCUGGUUGGAUGAGAAAAAUUUGUAACCAAAUGUUGACAGAUUUAAUACUACAGAGUCAAGGAAUUAAUUCAUUAGUGCAAGCUGUUUUGGAUAAAGCUUUUGAUAGUGAUGUGGAUAGUGGGAAAGUUGAUUCUAAGCAGAUGGAAGCUGUUGCUCAUCUCAUUACUCUUAAUUGUGUUCGACAUCUCUCUCUUGAGAAUUAUAUGCAAAGAUUGUCUAAACAGGUGUUUCAUCUACUCCAUCUUAAAGGGUCACAGAUGGAUUCAUUGCUAAAGUUUAUAGCCUCUUGUAUUAUUCUACAGUUCUAUGCAAGAGACAGAAUGUUGGGAGAAAAUUGUUUUUUCAAGAAAAUCCUGGAUCCACUUUGGAUGUGUGUUCUCAAAUAUGAUAACUCUAAAGCGAAAGUUAUUGUUAAAGAAAAAGAAUUAACUACUUGCAUAGAAGAAUUAUAUCAGAUUUUUAUUUCCUGUACAUUGCCGUUAAGAAGAAGUUGUAUAAAAGUUCUCUUUCCACUGUUCCAUUGCUUAAGUACCUUGUACUUUUUUCUUGUCAAAGGUACUUCUUUCCUGAAGUCAAAAGUGAAAGAAAUCCUUAUUGAAAUUUUAAGUUCUGCUUCCAAUGAAGAAGCUCUUGGCUUACUGUAUGUUGUGACUAUACCCAACUGUCAACAUCUUGAUGUGCAUCAAACUACUGUGGGUUUUGCCAAUGGAGAAGAAGGAGGUAUUAUGGCAGUACAAAAAAAGAAGAAAGCUGAUAUUACAGAAGAAAUUGCUUGUUAUCACGCUCUUUUGGAUCUUAUUAGUGAAUUGCACAACAAGGAAUUAAAUAGUUCAUUCAUACUUCUAAUAAUGAAAGAAUAUUGCAGCUUCCACUUAGAGGUAAAGGAAAUGCCAUUCAAUGCAUGCAAUCUCAGAGUUCGUCUGGCAUUCAGUGCCCUGCUGCAGGAAUUGUCGGAAUGGAAUGCUGAUAUUGGUGAAGCUUUGAUUUCUAAUAUUUCUGAAGUGAUGGAUUUGCUAAUGACAUUGUUGGAGAGCAUUUGUAACUACAGGACUGAUGCUCCUUUUUAUGAGGAAACUGCCAUGGUUGUUUUGAUGAUUCUUAGCUCCUUAUUAACAAGUGAAAAUCAUGAGCUUACUUCAAAUGACUGGCUCUGCAUUAAGAAAUGCUUACCAAGUUUAAAGAAGCUUCAGAAAUGUGAUAUUGAUUCUGAUCUCAAAGAAAUGUUGUUGAGUGUUUUAAUUCACAUAGCCACUCACGGUGCAGCUUGCAUUACGGACUCUGAGGAGGUUAGAGAGUUUCUGAAAAAGUACAAAGACUAUGAGUCUCUCGGCAUGGCGGAAUCAAUCAAGGACAGUGACGAGGAAGACGAUUCUUCCCUGGAGAACCAGGCGAUCAAUGGGCUGAGGCAAUCCUUAAUGGACGCACACAAAAUAUUGAAUACUUAUGAGGAAUUAGAAUCUCAAAGAACAAAUGAAUCUGGAGAAUCCUCAGAAGCACAAACUCUUGAGGAGGAAGAUAUUCCGAGCUAUUUUUCAAAUUUAUCUUUAAAUGCCAAAUUACCCACCAAAUCAAAAAGUGAUGCAUCGAGCAGGAAACGUUCAGAGUUUGAGAUGGCUCUUGAAGAUGCAAAGCAUUCAGACAUCCCCAUUCGCGGGCAUGGACUUAUAUAUUUGGGGAAGCUGAUUCAACGGAGAGAUGAAGAGGCUCUAGUGAAUAAAGAGGAAGUUUUCAAAUUAUUUCAGGAGAAUCUUCAAGAUCAAGACUCUUAUGUAUAUUUGCCCGCUAUUCAAGGCAUUUCCUUCCUUGCCGAUGUUGAUGCCGAGUCAGUACUGCCAACUGUUUUAAACGUGUAUCAAAAUACUGAAGAAAAGUGUGAUGUCAUAUUAAAGAUGGGAGAAGUUCUGUUAAAAAUAUGUAGACUUUUAGGUAAUGUAAUUUAUAAAUAUCGUGACCCACUGUUGCACGCGUGUCUGAUCGGAACUAAACACUCGGAUCCACAAAUACGCUCGUCGAGUCUUUCAAAUCUCGGAGAAGCUUGCAUGUAUUUGAAAUUCAACAUCAGUGGUCAUUGGUUGCAAGAGAUACUAGUCUGUGUGCUGUCUUUCUUAAAAACGGAUAAAGAUUUGGAAGUACGUCGCUGUGCUGUGAUGGUCAUUACUUUGCUUGUUAGAGGAAUUGGAAAAGAUAUGCUACAGAUUCUUGAAAAUGAAAUCCACACCAUCUAUUCUCAGUUGAAACUUGUCAAAGAUACAGAAAGUGAUGAAGUUCUGUGUAUACAUUCACAACUUGCAUUGGAAGAAAUCAGUUUCAUUAUGAAAGAUCUCUUGUGUACCCCAGUUCCUCUCACCAAAGAAAUACGGAUACUACCCUAGUUCUUUUUAAUGUUUUUAUAAUUUUUGUAAAUAUGUAUUUUAAUAAAUUUAUUAUGAAAUGUAA